CUUCAAAUUAAAUUAGCGCUGAAAGUGUAUGAUCAGCAUUCACUUGUGGUAUUGUUGUUGUAGUUGUUGUGUAGGUUUCCUUUUCUUGAAUUUAGUUCAGAUAUUCAAUUGUAAUGGACUUGAAUGAUCACCAUUCUGCAAAAGAUGUGGCACUGCAUGAUGACAAUGAAACAUCAGUUCAGAUUCUUCGUCGGGAGCAAGAAGAAAGACGGCAACUAUUGAGAUUGAGAAGAGAUGAGACUCAGCCAUUGGAGCAUGAAGAAGGGCCUUUCUUGAAGAAGUUGAAGUGUGAUAAAAAACCCAAGCUACCCCCUGGUUGCCUGCAUUGCCCGAAAUUUGGUCAGGAGAUAGGUCGAAUCAUCCCAUCUAAAGUCCCAAUCGAGGAAACUAAAAAUGGCUGUUCUGAAGAAAGAUAUUCCUUUCGUCAAGUGUUUCAUAUGCUAAGAGUGAAAGGGAUCGAAGAAACAUGAAGGACUUUUAAAGUGGAAAUAUCCUAAAAUGAAUUCAGUUGAUUUUCUCUUUGAGAUGGGAGAAGACGGCAGAGAAAAUCUUUAUCUCUAUGAUUAUGGAAAAACACGGUUGCUGGAGAACAGUGGGAUUUCAUUUCGAGAUGCUGAUCCAUCUUCGUAUACUGGUAAAAUAGUUGAAUGCUCCUUUGAUCUAGACAAAGGCGUGUGGGUUUUCAUGCGAGUGAGGACCGAUAAGGACACACCUAAUGCAUAUAACACGUACUUGCAGGUUAUCCAAAGUAUCAAGGACAAUAUAACUGAGGAGGUCGUGUUGAACGAGAUAGAACAGAUAAUACGACUACCCAUGUAUGCUGAUAGAGUUCAAAUUGAUAGCAGAGCCCGGACGAAAAGAAAACCACCACCACAAAGAGAUGGAAGGUGAACACGACGGACAAUUUGUGCUUCCAACGAUAUCGUAGACGUCAGUUGGGCAAUUAGUUAGGGAUAUGGGUUAGCUUGUAUGUUAUGGUCACAUGAUUGUUAUCUUGAUUCUUGAGGGAUGAAAUUUUCAUAGGUAGAUUAGGACUUGGAAUAGUGAUAGGUUAGUUUUCUUCCUUUUCUACUUAAAUAACCCUUCUAAAUAAGGUUGUCUUGUUGAAAUAGUCUCUCUUUUAAUAUCUUACAAAACGAUGUGCUAAAAUACGUACGAUUUGGCUACAAUUGC